GGUUGGUUUACACCGCCUUAUUGAAAGUGAACGUUACCAAACAAUGUUGGAGGAUGAAUUAUCUGAGCUAGAUUUGAAUGAAAGUCUGGAUGGUGUCAAAACUGAGUCCUUAAGUCCUGCAACUGUCUUCAAAAAUGACUACGUACCUGAGAAAUCUAUUGCUCACGGGAUUCCAUCUGUUGAUUUUGGGAAAGGAAACUUAACAAGCGGUGGAUGUGAUGAGACCUCAGUAAAAGUAACUAACCCAGCGAAAGUUGGGGAAGGUAUUUCAUCCUAUGUAGUUUACCGUGUCAUUUCGAAGUUCAAUGACAAAGAAUUCUUAGUCCUAAGACGAUUUUCUGAUUUCCUUGGACUGCACGAACGCCUGGUUUCUAAAUAUCUUUCUGAAGGGGUUAUCGUUCCUCCUGUUCCAUCUAAGGAUAUGCUAGCUACAACCAAGGUCAAAAUAUCCAAAGAUGUCUCGGCGGAGAAUGAAUUUGUUGAACGCCGCAGAAUGGCACUUGAACGAUUUCUAUUACGAGUGCUAGCACAUCAAGUUUUACGGGUUGAUGAAGACCUUCGCGAGUUUCUUCAGUAUGACGGUGAGCUUCCACGCGCCACAAACACUCAGUUAAUAUCUGGAGCAUCAGCAAUAAAAGUGAUGAAGAACUUAGGAGAUGCUAUUGGUAAACUCACUUAUAAAGUAGACGAUCCUGAGGAAAACGCUUCUGAAGAGUUCUUUUACCAGAAAGCUGAUGAAUUGGAUACCUGGGAAAAACAACUGAAGCGUCUUUACUCAUCUCUUCUUUCGUUGGUGUCUGGAGAUAAUGACUUAGCAAACGCUAAGGUUGGUUUAUCCCGUUCAAUUCUUCUUUUGGCCAAUGUGGAAGAAAAUACCGGUUUAGCUCAAGCACUUCAUCAGUUAGCCGACACAGAAGGACAUGUUGCAGAACUGCAUGCUCUACAAGCGGAAGCGCACACAUGUCAUUUAGCGGAGUAUACGAGAGAAGUGUUGGGUAUGGUUCAAGCGUGUAAAGAUGUUUUAAGCGAACGUGUACGAAUCUAUCGUACUUGGAAGACUGCUGAGGCUAAUCUACGUUCAAAGCGUGAACAGAAAAUUCGAUUGGAAAUGGCAGCUAAAAAUGAUAAUAAAAAGAUGGCUGUUAUUGUAAUGGAGUUAGAAGAGCUGGAAAAUCGUGUUGAUCAAGCUGAACAUAAAUUCAAUAAUAUAUCAGAAAAUAUUAAGCGAGAAUUUCAAAACUUUGAUCUCAAUCGUUUCACAUAUUUUAAGCAGGCCACUUCUGAAUACUUAGAAUUAUUACUACAAAUUCAAAUAAAAGUAUUAGAGAAUUGGGAGAAGUAUUUGUCUCUUUCGAAUGGUGUCAAUUGAACGCUUCUGCUGCUGCUGCUUAUUGUCUCUGGUCAUUUGGAAUUCCUGUUUAUACUUAUGAUACUUAUUGAAUGAAUAUGCUGCAUUCAUAAUUUUACAUUUUGAUACUUACUGUUUUGGCGAUUUGAUGAUCUGAUUUCACUUUUCUUUUUUUGCCUAUUCCUUCUUUUUGAUUUUCUCUUUUGUAAUCUUUGCUUACUUACUUUCCGUUUUUUUUAAUGUACACUAACUACACUACGAUGCAUCCAUAUCUGCAGACACCCACCCACACACACGCACUUGAUUCCAAUACCCUCUUGGUUAGGGAGGUUGUGAUAUCAUAUAUAUAUAUAUAUAUAUAUAUAUAUAUA